AUGCACAUCAAGACAUUUAUUUAUUCGACAGCCACUUUCUAUGGGCACUUUGUGGCUGGAGAAGAUGAAAAUGACAUCAAACCAGCUGUAAAACGUCUGAAUGAUUUCGGGGUUAAAGUCAUUCUGGAUUACUCAGCUGAGGAGGACAUUUCUGAAGAAGAGGCGGACAAGAAGGAAUCCAUCUCUUAUGACAAUGUGGCUCAAGAAAAGGAUAGCACCCUGUCAGAGGUGCUUGGGCAGCCUGUUGUAAGGGACAAUUCCCUCAAAGUUUUCACUCAUUCCAAAUCUUUGGGGGACAGGCGCAAAGGAGUCAACAGUGCUAGAACUUACUUCUAUGAAGGCGAGGCACAGUGUGAGAAAAACACUGAGAUAUUCCUCAAAUGCAUUGAUGCCAUCUCCAAAGCCACCAAUGGAACUGGGUUUGCAGCCAUUAAGCUCACUGCUCUGGGCAGACCCCAGUUGUUGUUGCAGUUGUCUGAGGCUCUGAUUAGGACCAGGAAGUAUGUGGCUGAAGUACUGGAAACUGACACUAAGCGCAAGUAUAAUCAGAACAUACUCAAGCUGCAUGUGAAUCCAGAACAAUUCAAGGAGAAACUGACUCAGAAGUUGCCCAGUGAGGCUUCAAGUGCCAUAGAUGACCUGGUCAAGCAUACAACCUAUGAUCAGAAUGGAGUCAUCAAUUUGUUCUCCUGGGGUGGGCUGAUAGACAAUGAAAUCCUCCUGUCUGAAAUGCUGAGGGUGCCAUGUUUUAAAACUGGUCAAAUGGUGCCUCUGAUAGACUCUAUGACUACAGAGGAUAAUCACAUUUUCUCCAACACACUAGCCCGCCUCAACACAAUUUUUCAGCAUGCCACAAAUACUCAAGUGAGGGUCAUGGUGGAUGCAGAGCAGACCUACUUCCAGCCAGCCAUAACUAGACUUACCCUAGAGAUGAUGAGGAAGUACAACAAAGAAAAAGCCAUUGUGUUCAACACCUACCAGUGCUACCUUAGGAGAACUUAUCAGGAACUGGUCCUUGAUAUGGAACAAGCAAACAGACAGGAUUUCUAUUUUGGAGCCAAGCUUGUCAGAGGGGCCUACCUGGACCAGGAGAGGGAAAGGGCAAAGCAAUUUGGGUACAAGGACCCAACCAAUCCCACAUUUGAAGCAACCACUGAAAUGUACCAUAGAUGCUUGGUUGAUGUACUCAUGAGGGCCAGGGAAUACAGAAGACAGCAAGGCCCUGAUGCUGCUCCCAAAACAAGGAUAAUGGUGGCUACCCACAAUGAAGAAACUGUGCGUUUUGCUGUGCGCAAGAUGCAAGAGAUGAAUAUCCCACCUUCUGCCGGGAUACUUUUUUUUGGCCAACUUUAUGGAAUGUGCGACCAAGUGUCUUUUCCUCUGGGUCAAGGCGGCUUUUCUGUUUACAAAUACGUUCCUUAUGGACCAGUCCUCGAAGUGAUGCCCUACUUGUCUCGCAGAGUGGAGGAGAACAAAGGAAUUUUGAGUAAAGUGAAAAAAGAGAAGCGCAUGUUGAGGAAGGAACUUAUGAGAAGGUUUUUGCGAGGCCAAUGGAUUUACACUCCAGUUGGACCAGCAUCUUGACUGUCUUGAGUUCUUAUCAUUGGGAUGGAUUUGUUCUACAGUUUGAAUUGAGAUCUUACACUUGAAGAUGAUGGAAGUGAAGUAUUGUUCAGACUGA